CACGUUCCUACAAAUCUUUUUCCAACUCCGCAGUAAUACAAAACCCUCUGCUGUCUAUUACUGCAGAAAGGGUUGUUUACAGUCUGAACGCCAUUACAACUUUCAGUGGAAGACGGAAAAAAAGACGCCGGUUAGUUAGGAAGUGCGGCAACAGAGAGGAUUCACUGGGAAAACAUUAGCCAUUAGCUUAGCAUAGCGCUGCUAAUCUAAACAUGAGACAGCAGGCUGCCAGACUGUAACCAGACUAGAUUUACAGUUGUAGCUGCUGCAGGCAUGAACAUCGAAAACCUCACCCUCUGCGAGAAGAUUGUAUCACCCUCUUACAUCAGACAGGGCUCUCAGGCUCGCCGUGGUCACGAGCAGCUCAUCAGACUUUUGCUGGACCAGGGUAAAUGUCCGGAGGAAGGAUGGAGCGAGAGCACCAUAGAGCUUUUCCUGAAUGAGCUGGCCGUGAUGGACAGCAACAACUUCCUGGGCAACUGUGGCGUCGGAGAACGGGAGGGGCGAGUGGCGUCCAGGCUGGUGGCGAAUAGACAUUACAGGUUGAUCCAUGGCAUAGGUCGGUCAGGUGACAUCGCUGCUGUUCAGCCCAAGGCAGCAGGAUCCAGUCUGCUUAACAAGCUCACAAACUCUGUAGUCCUGGACAUCCUGAAGAUUUCAGGUGUUCGCAGUGUGGCCAGCUGCUUUGUUGUUCCCAUGGCAACAGGAAUGAGCCUGACUCUGUGCUUUCUGACCCUCCGUCACCGCAGACCCAAGGCCCGCUUCAUCAUCUGGCCUCGCAUCGACCAGAAGUCUUGUUUCAAAUCCAUGAUCACUGCAGGAUUUGAGCCCGUGGUUGUGGAGAACGUCUUGGAGGGUGAUGAGCUUCGGACGGACUUGGAGGCGGUCCAACGCAAGAUUGAAGAGCUUGGAGCAGAAAAUGUCCUGUGCCUUCAUUCCACAACGUCUUGCUUCGCUCCGCGGGUUCCCGACAGACUUGAAGAACUGGCCACUAUGUGUGCUAAAUAUGACAUCCCUCACAUAGUCAACAAUGCGUACGGCGUGCAGUCAUCCAAAUGCAUGCAUCUUAUACAGCAGGGGGCUCGUGUGGGAAGAAUUGAUGCCUUUGUUCAGAGCUUGGACAAGAACUUCAUGGUUCCAGUAGGUGGAGCCAUCAUCGCUGGUUUCGAUGAGUCAUUUGUUCAGGAGAUAAGCAAGAUGUACCCAGGAAGAGCAUCAGCUUCACCCUCCCUCGACAUCCUCAUUACCCUUCUCACUCUGGGAGCCAAAGGCUACAAGAAGUACCUGUCCGAGAGAAAGGAGAUUUAUUCCUUCCUGGCUGAGGAGCUGAGGAGUCUUGCGUCUGCACAUGGGGAGAGAUUGCUUCACACCCCACACAAUCCCAUAUCUCUGGCCAUGUCCCUUGAUGGACUCCAAGCAUCAAGCAGCCAGGCGGUGACUCAGCUGGGCUCAAUGCUGUUUACCCGACAGGUGUCGGGCGCAAGGGUGAUACCACUUGGUAAGGAGCAGACCGUAAGCGGAUACACCUUCCGUGGAUUCAUGUCGCACUCGGAGUCAUACCCCUGUCCCUACCUCAACGCUGCCUCAGCUGUGGGCAUCACUCGAGACGACGUGACGCUAUGCAUGAAGAGGCUCGACAAAUGUCUGAAAGCCCUGAAGAAAGAUGGGAAGACGGCAAUAACUAGCUCCUCAGUACCUCCGGCCGAUCAGGACGUUCCUGAUGAAGAAUGACUGAGGGCCAAAGUUUGCGCCUCUGCUCCCUACUUUACUACACUGGUUAAUUCUUGAAUGUCUGUUAAAAUCAGAUUUGUCAUUUAUAAACAUUUCUUUUUUUUAUAAUUUAAGCUGCCUUUAUUGUUGGGUCUGACUGAACUAUUGUGAAAAUGCAGUCAGUCCCUCUCUGAUUUAAAAAAAUAAAAAAUUGUGAUGCGGUGCGCUGUGCCUCAUCUUCUGCAGCAAGCAGUAAUGUGAUCUGAAUGCUGCUCUGCCAUUAACUUUAUCUGAGUGCAUACUGUAUAGUGGAUGGCCUUGUUUUAUUUUUAGCCUCUGUCACGGAUCACAUGGAACAGAUAAUCAAUGAUAGGGGCCCAAUCAUAGAUCAGUGCCGUGUUUACAGAUGGAAACCUCCACUUCUGAGCUCAUACCAUGGUUUCUGCACCUCUACUUUUAUUUUUUUGCAGCUUUUAAAAAGAUAAAAGAAGAGAUCUUUGCUUUCAAGUAAGAAUCAGACUAUCAUCACACCCUAACUUUAAAAAUUCAGCUUCCAGAUGUUUUCCUACCUGCACGCUCAGGAUACUUUCAGCAAAAGGAAGCUGCAGAAGAUUCCCUUCUCAGCAGCCUGUGAAAGUGGGCUGGACUCUUCUAACCCUGUUGUAUCAGCACAUUUCUCCUCUUCCCAGCUGUACUGAAACAUUAAAAUGUAGUGGAAAAACACAGUGCGCUGUUGGAGCAGGUCGGUACAAUGCAGCAGCUUGAAGAGGAGCUGGAGGGGUUGGAAAAGUUACAAACUAUUUUUAUGUGCACAGUGGUGCUCCUCUUCAGCAAGUAGAAAAAAAGAUGCUUUACCACUGCUGCUGAUAUUGCAGCACUGCAGCAGGGAUUGACAGAGCAGAGAAGUAAUCAGUUUGAAAUAUAGUGGUAAGGUAUUUUGAUUCCUUGAAAAAAUAAAAAGAAAUGGGAAACAAAGCCCUUUAUCCACCCACACUGAAAACAUGCUACCUUCUGCUCAGUAGGAGUUUAAGCACCCCUGGGAUUUUGCUACAAGACAAAUUUCUCCUAAUCUGCUCAGAUUUUACUGGUGAUUGAGUGAUUGGUGCAUAGUAGUUAGCAACGGCCUAAUAAUCUGCUUUACUUGAUUGCCUAU